AUGCAUGAUCCACGCGCCAAACAUGCGCCUAAACGGCUGUCCCACCCACAAAGGAGUGGUUCAGCUUUCUUUCCCCCUUCCUUCCACCUGCCACAUCGUUUCCACCAACCUUCCAUCACCUCGUCUCUAUUCUAUCAGCGUGCCUUCUAUCUCAUCCUACUCGUUGACAUGGCUCCUAUCAGCGAUAAUUGGCCAGAUGUUGAAGCUUCACUGGAGAUCAUGGAGCCAGACUUCGCCGACAGAAUUACUUCCAUGGUCGAUCAACUCCAACCUCAUCAUCCACGCAUUGAAGCAUUUGCGUCCUCUUUCCACCCACAACGACUUCCCUGUCACCUCCUUGCAGACCACUAUACAUGGGGCCAGUCAUUCCUUGUUUUCGAACUCCUAUUUUCAGACAACACGUCCUGGAUUAUUCGAUUCGGCAUGCGACCCAUGGAUGCCUACUUCAACACGGCAGCUCAACUCGAACGAAAAAUCCUGAACGAAGUCGCAGCUCUGCACCUUGUCCGCCAGCGAACAACCAUCCCGGUUCCCACCAUCAUCGCCUACCACGCACACCCUUCACCCUCCAACCCCCUUGGCCCAAAUUUCCCCGCAUUCGUGCUCAUGACAGCGAUAACGGGAAUGACGAUUGAAGAUUGUGGGGUUGCAAUACACGACAUGGAUUCUCAGUCUGGAGUAGCUUUCGACACGGACCCACUAGGUGGCGACGAAAGCAAGCGACCAAUCCUCCAACGUUACCUCCGUGAUAUCGCGGAUAUCCACGUCCAACUCAGCCGGAUAACCUUUGACCGGAUUGGCUCCUUUGUUAUAGACGAUCAGGGGAAGGUGACCGUCGGGCCUGGGGCUGAUUUCGGCCUAGGCCCCUUUGAUUCCGCGAAGGAGUACUUCGCUAUCCAGGCGGAAGCCUACGAACAGCUGGCUAUGGCAGCAGGUUCGGCCGGAGAGGGAGAGGAGGGUAACCCGGACGCCGCUCAGCUGAAGCGCCGUUUCGUGGCAGACCUUUGGCGGAGGGCCAUGAUGCCGCUCGUCGACGAGAGGGACGACCGUGGUCCAUUCCCGAUGCGCCAUGGCGACCUACACAGCGACAACAUUCUCGUGGAUGAGACAGGGCACAUCGUCGGGGUUUUGGAUUGGGACUGCGCAGGCACCGUUCCUUGGGAGGCGUUUGCCGUCCCCACCUUUGAAGUUUCCGGUCAUUUCACCGACAUAGGGGACACAGCAUCUAUUUCAAGCGCCUCCAGCGCCUCGUCAGACGACUCGUUCUUUUCGGCAAUGUCGACACCACCAUCAAGCCGCUCGGUUGUUCAUCAUGCCUUCAACCGCGAGCUCGCCGAGGCAGAGUCGCAGGUGCGCAUCGUCAAGCCCGCGUCAGGGCGAAGCCUUGCCGCGCUCCACGACUCCGACGCUGGGCACGUUGGGGCAUACUUGGCGUACUGGAUGUACUCCCUCGCUUGCGACUAUGACCAAACUGGUCGAGCUCUGCACAGGAUGUUGGGGUCGGACGACAACAUCGACCAGGCGUUCCUGAAAUUUGCAAACGAGAUUGGGGCAAACGAGACACUUCUAAAGCAAGAAAUCCAGAUUGUCCAUUGA